GAUAUGUCAGUGCAAUUCUAGAUAUGACACUCUGUAAUUGCAGAAUUUGGGUGGAAGAUGAAAAUGUCGAACGUAUAGCUGGCAUGGUUAAUUACAGCCCUUGUGAUGCGGUUGAUAAAGAUUUUACGCGAUUUAAUGUUCCAAAAGAUGGUCCGUAUUGGGUCCAUGCGAAAGUUGAAGGCAGUCUUAGGCACAAAAAAUUCGGGGUCCUUUUUAUGGGAAUAAAUGUCUUCGGAUUUCUGGUACUGUUGGUAGAGUGGUUUGAUGAGAAAGAUUUCAGUGAUUCAGAUUGUAAUCGUACUCACUAA